CCCUCCCCCACGAUCACACAAGCAAAAAUGGCUCACAUAUCGACUUGGCAAUUGCAAAGAAAGUUGGUCCCUGCUGAAAUGGAGGAACCAGAACUUGACCCCAUUAAGAAUUCAAGUAAAAGGAGAAAGACAGAGAAAUCAGCUUCAGCGAAGGUGAAAGCUCACAAUCAGAAGAAACUCCGCCGAAAAAACCCGGAUAUCAACGUAGGAAAUGAGGCUGACAAGCAGCUGAAAUCGUGCCAUCAAUGUCAUAGGAGUGAAAGAGAUCGCGUUGUUGAGUGCAAGAAAUGUCAAUCGAAGAAAUAUUGCGUCACAUGCAUGACUAAAUGGUACCCCAAUGUAUCGGAGGAGGAGUUUAUCAAGGCUUGCCCUUUUUGUCGCAAAAAUUGCAAUUGCAAAGCAUGCUUGCGUGACUAUUCACCUAAAUUUAUGCAGGUGAUGCAGGGGUAUUCUUGCUCCAAACCUGAUCAAAUUCGAUACUCAAAGCAUAUCAUACAAAAAGUUUUGGCUUUUGUGAAACGUCUGAAUGCAGACCAACUGAGGGAGAAGCUAAUAGAGGCUAAGGUUAAAGGAUUGUCUCUAUCAUACUUACAAUUGCAAGACGCUGAGUGUGAGGUGGAUGAUAAUAUAUACUGUGACAAAUGUGGAGCAUAUAUCUUUGACUUGUAUAGAAGUUGUGAAUGUGGUUAUGAUCUAUGCCUUGUAUGUUGUCAAGAUUUGCGUGAGGGAAAUAUGGGUAUGAAAUCUGGAUGGAAGUUCUCUAUAGAUGGUAGCAUUCAUUGCCCACCAAUUUAUAUUGGUGGAUGUAAUGAGGGAAUUCUUGAGUUGAAACGUAUAAUGCCUGUUGAUUGGGUUGUAAAUAUCUUGGAGAAAGCACAAGAGAUAUACAAAAUCAACACAAGUGAUGAUAUUGAUAUUCAUCAAACUUCUACCAAAUGUGGCAUGUGUUGUUAUGAUUCUGAAGCUAAUGAAGAAAAUUCUAAUGGAUGUUAUUUGUAUUCUCUAAGUGCUAAAGACAUUCAACCUCAACAAGACAUGCAGCAUUUCCAAUUGCAUUGGUCAAAAGGCGAGCCUAUAGUAGUCAAUGAUGUGCUUUCAACUUCCUCAGGGCUAAGUUGGGAGCCAAUGGUUUUGUGGCGUGCUUUUCGUGACAUCACAAAAAAUAGCAAUCGUUCCCAUACAUGUGAAGUGAAUGCAAUCGAUUGUUUUGAUUGGAAAAAGGUGAGUGUUGAUCUUCACAAAUUCUUUAGGGGAUACUCAGAAGGUGGAUUCAAAAAGGAGAUUUUGAAGUUAGAAGAUUGGCAACCUUCUUGCUUAUCUGAAGGAGAAUGGCCACGUCAUUUUGUUGAAUUCAUUGGCUGUUUGCCAUUUAAAGACUACACACACCCUAAAAAUGGCUACCUGAAUGUGGCUGUUAAGUUGCCUGAUUUGUCUUCCAAACCUGACAUGGGUCCACGUAUGGAUAUAGCUUAUGGAAACUCUGUUACAAAGCUUCACUAUGAUAAAUCUGAUACUGUGAAUGUCCUGACACAUACAGAAUCUCCUAUCCUUGCAUCCACAAAGCUUAACAAUACCAAAAUGGCGAAACAUCAAGAUGAAGCUUUAGUUUGUGAGGAGGAAGGUGCUCUGUGGGACAUAUUCAGGAGGCAAGAUAUACCUAAAUUAGAGAAAUAUCUUUGGAAUCACUCAAGUGACCUUAUGCAUGCUGAUUGUCUUGCAUUUGAGAAGAUUGUUCACCCUAUACAUGAUCGGAUAUUUUACCUGAACAUAGAACAUAAAAGGAAGCUGAAAGAGGAAUUGGGAAUCGAACCAUGGAGCUUCAAACAAAAGCUGGGUGAUGCUGUUUUUAUUCCAGCUGGUUGUCCGUAUCAAGUUAGAAACUUGAAGUCAAGUACAAAGAUUGAACUCAACUUUGUUUCACCCGAGAGUCUUGGUGAAUGCAUCCGCUUACAACACGAACUCCGUAUGCUUCCCAACAAUCACAGGGCCAAACAAAAUAAGCUAAAUAUUGGGAAAAUGAUGCUAUAUGCAUUAGACCAUGCCAUGAUGGAUUUGGCAGGGGUCAGUGAUUCAAACAACCCCAUUGAUGAUCUGAAGGUACCUGAGACUUCAAAGGAUGAUCAUGCAAAUAAUUUCAAUAAUAGCAACGGUUGGGUGAAUGAUACUGAGAGCGGUGACGAUUCUGACCAGACCAGCAGUAAUGAGUGGUUGACUGAUCAUACUCAUGAAGCUUCUAGAACAUUGAUGCCUGAUGAAGGAUUGUGGCGGGGGAAUGUUGUUGGGUUGGAGGUGAAAAAGCUACUGGAGGCUGUUGAACACCAAUACCCAAACACAUUUCAAGGGGUUCAAAUUCGUGCAAAAGAAAUGUGGAUUUCCAUUUUGAAAGAAUUCCAUGCGGUCAUCAAAAGUUUUCUGGAAACAUCCGUGGAUGCAGUGGCGGAGGACCGGUUAGCUAACCUUCGGGAGGAUCUUAAAGAAUUUGAGAGGUUUGGAUUUGAUCUGUCGUGGGCCCACAAGAGGAUAGACAUGGUUGAGAAGCUUAAAUUUGGAAACGAGCCUUUACAACAAGAGUUGAUGGCGUUGAAAGAAUCGUUAGAGCCAUUGAAGGAAAGGUUGGGUGGGAGAUGGAAACAGUUUGUGGAAGCUCAGGAGAUGUUGAAGGUGGCACAGUUAGAGUAUGAUAAUGCUUCAGAUGCUCUGAAAAAGAAGGCACGGGAGGUGGCACACAAAUUUGGUGAUGAAUAUGAUCAGGUAUUGAAGGGCCAUCUUGGUUUCGGUAUUUUGCAAGGCUACUAGCUCACUUGUGGACUACAAGUAUUCAAAAUCUAUCUUUUGUAAUAUCUAACUUAAUUAUUAGAAACAAACCCUGUGCCACGCCAUGUUGCGGAAUUUUUGUAUAUUUAGGCAAGAGAAGAGAUGAUUUACAGUA